UCUCCCUCUCCCACUUUAUCCUAGUAUAAGUACCUGGUCUCCCUUGGUUCUAAUUCACACACCACUAUCAAGACUUUCAUUAAUCCAAGGCAAACGAAGCAAUGGAGGUUUCCAAAUCAAGUGUCAAAACUUGCUUCUCUUGGCUAUUCCUUGGUCUCUUUGCCUUCCUUGCUUUCCAAGCUUCUUUUGCAGAUGCUGAAACUCACUACCAUCAGUUUGUCGUUCAAAGAACGCCAGUGAAGAGGCUGUGCAAAAACCACAACAUAAUGACUGUCAAUGGUCAAUUCCCAGGACCAGCUUUGAUAGUCAGAAAUGGAGAUUCUCUUGUCAUCAAAGUAGUCAAUAGUGCACAGGAAAACAUUACAAUACACUGGCAUGGAGUUCGACAGCUACGGAAUCCAUGGGCAGACGGUCCUGAGUACGUUACUCAGUGUCCAAUCAAACCUGGAGCAACCUACACAUACCGCUUCACAAUCAUUGACCAAGAAGGAACAUUGUGGUGGCACGCUCACAGCAGAUGGCUUAGAGGCACUGUUUAUGGAGUUCUCAUUAUUUUACCCAAAUUUGGUUCAUACCCAUUUGCCAUGCCAAAGCAAGAAUUCCCAGUUCUUCUUGGAGAAUGGUUUGACAGAGACCCCAAUGCUAUUCUCAGGCAGGCUCAAUUCACUGGAGGAGCACCAAAUGUGUCUGUUGCAUAUACUGUUAACGGUCAGCCUGGUGAUCUUUAUAGAUGCUCCAGCCAAGAUACUGUGAGAAUUCCUGUGGAUUCGGGUGAGAAAAUUCUCCUGAGGAUUGUAAACUCUGCAUUGAAUCAAGAACUUUUCUUCAGCAUCGCCAACCACCAAAUGACUGUUGUUUCUGCUGAUGCUUCCUACACCAAGCCUUUCACAACGAGGGUCAUCAUGAUCGCACCUGGCCAAACUACAGACGUCCUUGUUACUGCAGAUCAGCCACCGGCUCGUUACUACCUGGCAGCAAGCGCCUAUCAGACUGCCAUGAAUGCUGCCUUCGACAACACCACCACCACUGCAAUCCUCGAGUAUAAAUCCGCUGCAUGUGGCAAGAAAGGACAACCAUUGCAACCAAUCUUGCCACAAUUACCAGCAUUCAAUGAUACAGCUACUGCAACUGCAUUCACUGCCCAGGUAAAAAGUCCUUCUCAAGUGGAAGUCCCUACAAACAUAGACAAGAACCUGUUCUUCACAGUAGGUUUGGGACUGAACAAUUGCUCAGUUCCUAACAGUCCCCGGUGUCAAGGGCCAAAUGGAACUCGCUUCACUGCCAGCAUCAACAACAUUUCUUUCGUGUUCCCAAGAACAAAUUCUCUGAUGCAAGCUUACUACCAAGGUGUUCCUGGUGUCUUCACCACUGAUUUCCCACCUGCUCCUCCUGUGAAGUUUGAUUAUACAGGGAACGUGAACAGGGGAUUGUGGCAACCACGUCGUGGAACUAAGCUCUUCAAGUUGAAGUAUGGUUCCAACGUACAACUUGUGUUUCAGGACACUAGCAUUGUCACGACAGAAGAUCAUCCAAUGCAUCUUCAUGGCUACCAUUUCUACGUUGUUGGUUCAGGUUUUGGUAAUUUCAACCCAGCAACAGAUACAGCCAAGUUCAACCUUGUGGACCCACCACAGAGAAAUACCAUUGGAACACCUCCUGGUGGAUGGGUAGCCAUCCGAUUUAAAGCCGAUAAUCCAGGUAGAGUUCAUAAUUUUUCAUAUAAUUACUUGCCCUGGCCACAAUCUUUGUCAGUACCAAGUUUAGAUUUAUUGAUUUUGAUUUUUUCCUAUUAUUUUGUCCAAAACAGGGGUUUGGCUGUUGCACUGUCAUCUAGAUGCUCAUCUUGUUUUGGGUUUGACGAUGGCUUUUCUAGUUGAGAAUGGAGUUGGACCAUCACAGUCCGUCAUACCUCCACCAGCAGAUCUACCCCCAUGUUAAGAUUUUUAAUACCAGCCUUUAGAUCAAAACAAAACAGUUGCUGGAUUUGCAGAUCUACCCCCAACCUUAAGAUUUUAAAUAUCAGGUGUUAAAAGGCCAUCCACAGCAGUUGCUGGAUUAGCUACUUCCUAAUGUCCUUGUAUUGAUAUGUAUUUUGUUUGCAUAAAGAUGUCUUCAGUUCCAACUCGAUUUCAUUUGCAGUUCUAAGUCCAGAACUGGACCAAUGCUUCAUUAAGCAUAUGAUUUGUUAGGUUACUAUCAAUGCUUCAUUAAGUAUAUGAUUUGUUAUGUUA